AUGACCCGAUACAAACUCGUCUUCUUUGUCCCUUCCACACACGUCACCCCGGUCAAGCGUGUUAUCUUCUCUACUGGCGCCGGCACUAUCGGACUGUACAAACACUGUGCCUUCCAAACCCCUGGACAAGGAUCGUUUAUGCCCGUGGAUGGGGCCAACCCGGCUAUUGGUGAAGUGGGCAAAGAGGAGACAGGAGAGGAGUUCAGAGUCGAGGUUCAGUGUGAUGGAGAGCAGCAGACGAGGGAAGCGGUGUCAGAGAUGAAGAAAGCUCAUCCGUACGAGGAGGUCGCUUAUGACGUAUACCGAAUGGAGGACUUUUAGCCGAACCUCCGAGGCUGACUUUCUUUUCCCCUUUUGAGUCUAUUUUUUCCUCAGGUUAAAAGAGCGCGUACAAAUUGCUUUAUCUCGCAUCUCGAUAAUCGGUUGAAGUAAACUCCGUCCUCAUCAAACACAAGUGUCUGCAUAGAUCAGUUCUUAUGCUGUAUGCUUGCGCAUCAAGCCGUGCUUGCAGCAGCGUCUCUGUGGGAAGAUUCCCUUGCAACUUAUUAAAGCCCGCAACACUAUCGAAGAUCAGCACGAAAGCACGUACAUCUGUGCCUGUCGACGCGGCCAAGGCAGGAGCUUC